AUGUCUAAGAAAAAGAGACUAUCAGUAAAGAAAAAUAAAGAAAGUCAAAGAAAAGCUAUUUUGAAAUAUUUUCGUGCAGAAACACAUUCUACAGUUGUAAAUAUCAAUGAAAACCAAAUUUAUCUAUCUGAAGCAACUCCUGCUGUUAAUAUUUCAAGACAAAUUGAAACUGAAACUCAAAUUAGCAUAUUAUCAUCUGCAGACUACAGUGACCCUGCAAAUUGGCCUACUCAUUUUAGUGACAGUUUUCGGCAAUUUGUUAUAAAAAAUAGACCGCAACAAAUUGAAAAAUAUAACUUUCCACGAGAUCGAGAUGAACAAAAAAGAAAAUUUUCAUCGAUCUAUUACAAGCGGACAUUACCAAACGGAGAAGAAGUCUCUCGUUCUUGGCUUAUAUAUUCAGUUUCAAAAAAUGUAGUUUUUUGUUUAUGUUGUAAAUUAUUUGGUAAAAGCAAAAGUAGUUUGCCACCUUUAGAAGGUUCAGGUUUAAACGAUUGGAAGAAUAUUGGAGCACUUCUUUCUUCUCAUGAAAAAAGUAAUUCACAUCUCGUAAAUUUUCAAAUGUGGAAAGAACUUGAUAUACGUUUAUCUACAGAAAAAACCAUUGAUCAUAUUAACCAACAAAAAAUUAAUGAAAAAGAACAAUAUUGGCAACGAAUUUUAGAAAGAUUAUUUGCCUUAGUCAGAGUACUGGCUACGCAAAACUUGGCAUUUUGUGGAACAAAUGAAAAGCUUUACAAUAACGCCAAUGGUAAUUUUUUAAAAUUUGUUGAGUAUCUCGCUUUAUUUGACCCAUUAAUCAAUGAACAUGUGCGGAAAAUUAAAAAUCAAGAAAUUAAAACUGAAUUAAUACAAAUACUAGCAAAUGCUAUAAAAGAUAAUAUCUUGACUAGAGUAAAAUUUGCUAAAUAUUAUUCUAUAAUUUUGGACUGCACCCCAGAUAAUAGCCAUACAGAACAAAUGACAAUAAUAAUUCGUUUUGAACUAAAUCACCAACAUCGCAUGAUGGGGAUUUAG